AUGCUUUAUAUGCAUUCUGAAUUUGUCUCAGGAAUAAUGUAUUCAAUGAAUCUUUUGGAGAUAUUAAAGAAUACCACCAUCGGAGUAAAGUCCGCAAGAAAAUGUAUUGUGAAGUACAUCAUCUGGUUAUGCAUAAUGAUUGCAACAACCAUGACCAUGACCUUGCUGGUAGCGAACAUAAUGGAACUCCGUGAGCUGUUUCAUUCCUAUAUGUAUACAUCAAUCGCUCUUCUGUUCACUGGAGCAUUCAUCGCAGUUCUGCUGAUUUUGAUUCCGAAACUCGAGGUCAUCUUUCCACUGAACUAUAUGCUUGCUGUGCUCAGUGUAUUAACUUCAUCUUGUGGUCUCGCUGUUGCAACAUCGAAUGUUGGACUCAAGAGUCUGAUGUCAUGGUUCUUGACUAUACUGCUGACUGUAAUAUGCCUGAUAGUGGGAUAUAAAAUGCGGCGUUUUAAUCAGAAAGGAUUCUAUAUUAUGAACUAUAUCAUAUCUGGAUUUCUUCUUCUCAGUGCGCUUUUGUUUUUCGUGUUAUACUAUCUUCAAUUUCGAGACGCUGCAAAUACAGUUUUCGGAGUACUUUUGGGUCUUGGCCUACUUUUG